CAUUACGUCACAAGAUAAAAAUUUCGACAGCAAUCAGAUUACUCGGACACGACACGGUUUCACAACAGAAGAAUAUCUUAAAAUCCCCCAUGAAAUGCUCUCAGCCAUUCUCCUAAAUCCCUUUGAAUAAAUUUCUUUUUUCUUUUUUCUUUUUUUCUUUAAAUAACAAAAUUGCAUAUAAAGCUUUGGCCCUAAACUCCCUCCCUAUCAGAAAACCCUAUAUUCCCUUAAACCGAAAGGACAGAACAAAAAAAAAAAAACCAACAACCAAACUGUAACAUUCUAUUCAUAGCCCAUUCACAAACCUAAUUCCUAAAGAUUUCUUGCUAAAGAAGAAACCAAUAAGACGAAAACAGAGGAAGAAAAAAGAAAGGAAAAAAAAACCAUCUCUUUCUCUUCCUCCUCCUCCUCCCCUCUCGCCUUACUGCAACAAUGGGGAAUUGUUGCUCUCAUGGACGAGAAUCACCAGAAGACACGGACGAACCCACACCCGGAAAUGGAGCCACGGCUCAGAGCAAUCCAGCCGCUGAAACCUCAGCUGCACCUGCGUCCAAACACGCCCCUCCCUCUCCUCCACCUGCAACCAAACAAGGCCCUAUCGGACCUGUCUUGGGCCGACCCAUGGAAGAUGUCAAGGCCUCGUACUCGUUGGGCAAAGAGCUCGGUCGCGGCCAAUUCGGGGUCACCCACCUUUGCACACAUAAGGCCACGGGCCAUCAGUUCGCCUGCAAGACCAUAGCAAAGAGGAAGCUCGUGAACAAGGAAGAUAUCGAGGAUGUGAGAAGGGAGGUUCAGAUAAUGCAUCACCUGACAGGUCAGCCAAAUAUCGUGGAGCUUAAAGGAGCGUAUGAGGAUAAGCACUCAGUGCAUCUGGUUAUGGAGCUUUGUGCCGGUGGAGAGCUUUUCGAUAGGAUCAUUGCCAAAGGCCAUUACUCCGAGAGAGCGGCUGCUUCAUUGCUAAGGACGAUUGUUCAGAUCGUGCAUACCUGCCAUUCCAUGGGGGUUAUUCACAGGGACCUGAAGCCCGAAAACUUUCUGUUGCUCAACAAGGACGAGGAUUCUCCUCUCAAAGCCACCGACUUUGGGCUAUCGGUGUUCUACAAGCCAGGAGAGGUGUUCAAGGACAUCGUGGGCAGUGCUUAUUACAUAGCACCGGAAGUCCUGAGGAGGAAGUACGGACCAGAGGCCGAUAUUUGGAGCAUUGGAGUCAUGUUGUAUAUCCUCCUAUGUGGUGUUCCACCCUUCUGGGCAGGUAAAGAUUCUUCUGUAUUCCUGUCUCUUGUUAAAAACAAUGCGAAUAUGCAAGAUUACACACGCGGAGAGAGACUUGCAUUUAUUUUACUUGGUAACCUGUUGACAGAAUCGGAGAAUGGGAUAUUCAAUGCCAUCCUAAAAGGACAGGUUGAUUUUUCAAGUGAUCCAUGGCCAGUCAUCUCACCUCAGGCAAAGGAUCUCGUUAGGAAGAUGCUGAACUCGGAUCCCAAGCAAAGAUUGACAGCCGCACAAGUUCUCAAUCAUCCAUGGAUCAAGGAGGAUGGAGAGGCACCAGAUGUUCCUCUCGACAAUGCAGUGAUGUCCAGGCUCAAACAAUUCAAAGCAAUGAACCAGUUCAAGAAAGUUGCUUUACGGGUGAUAGCAGGCUGCUUAUCCGAGGAAGAGAUCCAGGGAUUGAAGGAGAUGUUCAAAGGCAUGGACACCGACAACAGCGGAACAAUAACACUUGAGGAGCUAAGGCAGGGACUUGCUAAGCAAGGCACCAGGUUGUCUGAGUACGAAGUCCAGCAGCUAAUGGAAGCCGCCGAUGCAGAUGGUAAUGGAACAAUAGACUACGGUGAGUUUAUCGCAGCCACAAUGCACAUCAACAGACUUGACAGAGAAGAACAUCUUUACUCAGCCUUCCAACACUUUGACAAAGACAACAGUGGAUAUAUCACAAUGGAAGAGCUGGAGCAGGCCCUUCGGGAGUUUGGCAUGAGUGAUGGUAGGGACAUUAAGGAAAUAAUCUCUGAAGUUGACUCUGACAAUGAUGGGCGGAUAAACUACGAUGAGUUUGUGGCAAUGAUGAGAAAAGGAAACCCAGAUCCUAAUCCAAAGAAGCGACGCGAACUGUCAUUCAAAUGACCCCAUUGUUGAGGUAGAGGAAGAGAGAAGAUAGAAAAGAAAAAAAAAGAGCAGCACAUGCAAUGAGAAACUUCAUCUUCCUUUUGAUGCCAAAUGCAAAUUUCAGAAGCAAACAGAUCCUACAUAUGCUCAGAAUGCUCGUGACUGAACUGGAAGAGAACUUCAAGAGAGGAGAUGGCUCAUGAAGGAAAAAUCAUUAACUGGGAUUAGGGAAUGUAAGUGUCUGAUGUUCGUACAUAUUUUUUCUGGUUGUUCUACUGACUAAAAAUGCUGGGGUUUCUCAAUGUACCUAAUUCUUUUCAAUUCUUACUAUGGGCAUUAGUGUUGUCUGUCAA